AUGCCCGGCAAAAAUUCAGACGGCAUCCCUCCUGUCCCCCCAGAAACGAGUGCGGAAAUGCCAAAACCGCCAGCGCUAUCGCCGGACGAUGUUGUGAUUGCCGUCAUGGGAGUCACUGGCGCUGGAAAGAGCACCUUCAUAUCGCUCUUUGCCAAAGACGCCCAGGUCGGACACGGGCUCCAGUCCUGCACCGCCAAUGUCAGCAUCCACGCCGCCACCGUAAACGGUCAGAAGUGUUACUUGGUUGACACUCCUGGCUUCGAUGAUACCAACAGACCCGACUCAGAAAUCCUCCGCGAAGUUGCCAACUGGCUAAACAUUUCGCACGAAGCCAAAAUUAAGCUGGCGGGCAUUAUUUAUCUUCACCGGAUUUCCGACAACCGUCUAGGCGGGGCGGCCAUGAAGAACUUGCGCAUGUUCAAAAGGCUCUGCGGAAGAGACAGUCUGGCUUGUGUUGUGCUGGCUACAACGAUGUGGAACAAGGCAGAUCUCUUGGUAGACGAGCAACGUGAGAAGGAGCUUCUGAACAGACCUGAUUUCUGGGCCGACAUGGUGAAGCAGGGAAGCCAAGUCUUCCGGCACGACAAUGGCAGAGAAUCCGCAACAACAAUCAUGAAGUACAUCUUUGGGAAACGGCACCGCGUCACUCUGGACAUCCAGAAGGAAAUGGCCAGCGGCAAGACGCUGGAUGAGACGGGCGCGGGCCGGGAAGUGCAGACAGACAUGACGGUGCUGACAACAAAGCAUGAACAAGAAAUGAAGACUCUUCGCCAGGAACUGCAAGAGGCGAAAGACAUGCAUGACUCGAGCGCCAUCGCAGAGAUCAACCAGCUUCGCACCGAGCUGGCGGACAAGAUCCGGAGUGACGAGGAGGCUCGGAAGACCAUGCAGGUCAACAUGGAGACACUGCGAGCGGAGCGGGAGCAGGAGCUGAAGCGACAGCGCGAUGAGGCGCAUAAGAGAGAGUUGGACCAUCAGAAAGAGAUGGCGGAUGCCAAGAUGAAGCUGUUGGCAGCCAAGCAUGAGAGCGAGGCAGAAGCCCAAAAACUGCAGAUGAAGAUCCACAUGGCGCAGAUGGAAGCCGAGGCUGCGAAACGGGAUAGAGAACGGGCAGAGAGGGAGAGGGACUCGCAGGGGGGUUGUAUAGUCAUGUAG